AUGUGGAGGAUAUUUGAUUCGACAAAGAAAUUAGAUUCGUUCAUGGACGACCCUGGCAAUCGGGCUUAUCUUGUGGAAUGCAAAGGAGAGUUGAUCUCGAUCGUGGUGGCUCCUAUGGGAGAAUUCGUAAGAAUUUUCAAAUUUUACAAUCGCACAAAAGUGUGGCGGGUUGCUUAUGGGCUUGGAGAUCAAACGAUUUGUUGA